AUGGCCACCCGUCGUAUCCCUUCACGCGCCAAAACGACACCCAUUGAGACCCUUCACAGCCUCCUGACCGUGCAGGAAGCGGAUACUGCAUUCAGAAGCCGGCCUGUAACCAAUUUCCUGCUCAAUUAUGAUGAGCUACCUGCCUGGCGACAAGAUAACCAUUUCAUCUUAACCCAUUACCGUCCGACAUCGAAUUCGGUCUUCACAUCUUUCCAGAGUCUAUUUCAAUUGCAUAACGAGUCUGUCAAUAUCCACUCUCACCUUUCCGCUGCUUGGAUUUUUUUCUUCAUCGCCCUGUCUCUUUAUGCUUUCGAACGACACGCAGUUACAUUGGCCGAUACCAUAGCCUUCUUAUUCUUCUUUUCCGGUGCUGUCACAUGCUUAGGCAUAAGUGCUACCUACCACACGGUAUCGAAUCAUUCACCAAAGAUCAAUCAAUGGGGAAAUCAAAUCGAUUACCUGGGCAUCGUCAUUCUCAUUUCUGGAAGUUUCGUGCCGAGCGUAUAUUAUGGCUUCUAUUGUGAGCCAAUGCUGCAAAGAUUCUACUGGGGCAUGAUCUCUACAAUCGGCAUCGCCUGCGCUGUUGUAUCCCUGAACCCAAAAUUCCGCUCCCCUCUUUGGCGAUCAUUUCGAGCAGGCAUGUUUCUCGGUUUCGGUCUCUCCGCCAUCUUCCCAGUCUUGCAUGGAGUGUAUAUGUAUGGACUUGAGCAGAUGAGAUAUUCGAUUGGUCUUGAUUGGGUCCUGUUGCAAGGUUUCCUCUACAUCUUAGGAGCCGCCAUUUAUGCUGUGUGUUUUCGCUCCUCAAAUCUCCGUGUCUGCACUGAAAGGCUGAUCCAAGAUACAAGGCACGUGUACCUGAGAGGUUCCAGCCUGGGAGAUAUGAUAUCUGGGGGAGCUCCCAUCAAAUAUUCCAGUAAGACGCAUUUCUGA